GUACCAGUUCUAUUGUUAGUGUCGCGGAAGAGGAAUAAGUGAUAAAAUGCGUGGACUCCAAGUUUGUUUAUUAUUGGCUUUAUGCGCUGCAGUCAAAACAGGGUACAUAGGUUACACUACUAAUAACUAUGGAGGCUACAAGGUUUAUCCUGCUUAUGUUGUUCAUGGACACAGUGGAUACACCGGAGGCCUUCAUGAAGAAUAUAAUGCGUAUCCUAAAUAUGCCUACGAUUAUUCAGUAAACGACCCCCACACCGGUGACCAUAAAACACAGUGGGAGACCCGUGAUGGGGACGUUGUUAAAGGCGCCUACUCUUUUGUUGAGGCAGACGGCACAACUCGUAUAGUGGAGUACACAGCUGACAAACACAAUGGUUUCAAUGCGGUUGUCAAGCGAAUAGGCCACGCUCGCCAUCCUCAAGUUAACAAAUACUAUAAUGGAGCUGGACAUUAUGUAUACCAUUAAAUGAUAUUAUAAUGUUAUGAAGUAUAUUUAAAUGGACAAAUUUAUGACAGCACGGCACAAGCAACUGUGAUAGUAUUGAAAACUAAUACUGUAAAUAUUUAAUAUUUUGAACGGUAUCACAAAUUGUUUUUGUACCUUUAUAUAAGCUACAAAAUAGCCAAUAAUUUAUUUUAUUGUUUAAAAAUGAAAUAUACAAUUUUAAGAUA